CUGAUGAGGAGCUGCAGAGGGGGAAUCAGUGUGUGUCCACGGCGUGUGUGUGUUUGUGUUUACGGUGUGUGUUACCGUGUGUGUGUGUUCUCCGUGUGUUCACCGGCCCCACGUCGUUGUUCCACGGGAGGAUCGACGUGAACUCUCCGAGAGUGGACGAGUGGAACUCCUCGCGUGUUUCCGGACAGACUCGGGACCGUCGCCACCGGGGACAUGGGAGGUGAAACGCUCGGCGGGGACACGGUAGCUCCGGUUAGCGACAUCUCUUUCUAACGUCAAACUGGGAAAAAAGCACGUCACGGAAAAGACGUAAAGAAAACUCUCUCGCGUUCAUUCCCCGGUCGCUGGUUUCCCGUUAGCUCGUCGGUGCUGUUUGGCUCCGUGGACUGUUCAGAGUAGUGAAUGACAACAUGUCGGUAAACUCCUGGAGUCAUCACAGAGACUCGCUCCUGAAAGCGUGAUACAGUUGUGUGUGAUUCCAUGCUGCUUAAUGCCUUUGUUGGCAUCUAAUGGAAGAAAAAGCAUCGAUCAGGUCCACCAUGGUAUCUAGACUGCCCAAGUUUGGUGGACGCUCAUCGACUAACGGUGCUAACCCCUUGUCCAAUGGUUCUACCCAGCCAACAACUCCUACCCAGUAUGGUAAGAGUACUCCCCCAGCAACACAGCCAAACAGUCUGAUCCGUGCCUCUUCUUUUUCCUUGAAAUGGAAGAGAGACGAUGCGCUGUCCAUCCACAGCUCCACCAGUUCUGGGGACGGAGAUGAAGACAAGACUCCGAUACAGCGUCCCUCGUUAGCAAAAGAUGUAAAGAGCGGGACUCCAGGGACACCCAAGAUUCGAAGGUCAGGUACUUUGGUGGCAGCUGUGUCUAGCCCCAAGGCAAUUCCCAAGCAAUCCUCCAAGAUGAGUCCGAAAGUAGGAACCAAGUUAGGCCAAAGCCCAAUAAACGGAGGUCUUAAAAAUGGUCACACUGGCUCCAGCAUUCCAGGGUCCGAUGCUCGCCUUGUGCGGCCUAAGUUAGGCUCUAGCACUCCCAGAAGCAGCUCUCAAGACAGCCUAUCCAAGUCCAGUGAAAGCCUUAAGACCUUGGCACUGGACAACAUGGUGCGUUCAAAUAGCUUCACUCACUUCAAGCAGAUUCCCUCUCCUACAACCCAAUCAAUGACACGGUCCUUCUCCUUUAACCGAGCUGUUGAGCUAGCCAAACCUCUGGCCAACACUCAGCUCCGGCCUCCUCGCAGUUCUUUCCUCAAACCCCCUCAGCUGAGUAAUGGAAGAGUUGGUUUAGGACUUGGAGGCCUGAAUGGUAGCCUGGGAGUUUCAGGGAGUCUAGAUGGAGGACUUCAGUACAGCAGAACCACUCCUGCUGCCUCCUCUCUGCCUACAUUGUCUAUCCCGUCAGCACCCAAUACUCCCAGUGCUCUGAAGAAGCCUCUGUUCCCCAGUUGUGUGCUGACCAAGUCACUGGGCAGCAGCAUUGGGGCUCUGGGCUUCAAGCUGGCUCGAUCUGGGCAGGCCAAGCAACAAAAGCCUCUUUUUCAAGGUAAAGUCAAGGGUGAUAUCAGAACUUCAGUUGCCUCUGAGUGUGAAGAGUCAUUGGGCAUACAGCCCUAUGGUGAGGCUGAAAGAGCAGACUCUCACAGUGAGAGUGAUGGAAGCUCUGGAGAUGGACAGGCCAACGGAGCAGGAAAUGGUGUGGUCCUGCACGAGCUAAGCUCGUGCCAGGCUGUACGGGAGACUCUGGAGGACAUGUCCCUAUCUUCCGCCUCAUCUCUAGACAGAGGGGACACCAGUGAAGACUUUCUAGAUGACUUUGAGAGUAUGGGAGAUGUGCUCAGUGAUGGGGACAUGCCUGACAACAGGACAGCUGACACCACUACCCAAACCCGUCUACACAGCUUUCUCAAUGAGACCGUCGACUGGGACAGUAUAGAUCUGGAAGGACAUAAAGAAGAAAGCCCUAUGGAGGACUCCCAAGGACCACUAGUGUUGUCUCCAGAGCAAGGUGAUGUCCCCCAGGCUUCAUCCGUUGAACUGUCACCGUCCAACAGCUCUGGUGGAACUUACAUGUGGGACGAGGAGGGUCUUGAGCCUCUUGUGGGACCUGGGACUCAUCCAUUAGACAGCUAUGAUAAUUCAGAGCUCAACAGCAUGGAUAUCCUGAACAACCUGGACCCUCGGGGAACUGGAGAGCUGGAUGAUGACGACCUCAUGCUUGAUGUGGACCUGCCAGAGGAUAGCUUACAUGACGACGGCAGGAUGUCUCACAUGGAGCGCUCAGAGAGGGCCGGUCGGCAGGGGCAGCGGCGGAAGCACCACCGCUGGAGUGGACCGGAUCACUUCCACAGUGACAGCAGGGCCCACGUCUUCCAGCAUUAUGAUGGACUCAAGUCCUCCAGGAUCUCCUCAAGGCCCCCCCACUCGGAAGGCAGGCAGCCUGGCUACAUGGCGAUGCUGGAUGAGGUCACAGUCGAUCACAUGACUCAAGAUUGCAGCUCGCUGAAGAACCAGCUGCUCAGGCUCAAAACCAUGUUACAGCUUGAGGACACAGAUUCUCCAGCAGAUGCACCUGAGGAGAUUGAAGACAAUACCACUGCAUCACAGUUGGUAGAGCUGAUAACGGAAGUACAGGUGCUCAGAGAGGAGCUGAGGAGCCGAGACAAGACCAUCGCUCAGCUCACGUUGCAGUGUCACCAGCUGCAGCAGCAACAACUGCGGGAACAAAUGGCUGCUCAAGGACGUCAGGCCAGGUGUCAGUGCCACCACCAGAGGGCUCCUGCCUCGGUACGACAGAUCGACCGGCAGACGGACAAACGGACGCAGCAUCACUACGACAAGGCCACCCAGACCUACUGGAGACCCCCCAGCAACACUCCUCAAAUACUACAGCCUUUCAACCGCUGCCUCAACGAGCACCUCCACCAGGGAAGAAUAGUAAAAACUCCCCCCACCGAGGGCCACAGUGAACUCACCAGGAGUAGAUCAGUGGAAGGAACCCGUAUCCACGCUGAUCGUCGCCUUGAAGGCCUUAUGGCAGAUGUCACUCGCCCCGCAUUCCCCGACGAGCUCCUCAGCAACCACCUACACUUCCCGGGCUCUGGGGCUCCGCGGGGGGGAACUGCUGGAGACAGUCCAACUUCAGCAGCUCCGUCUUCUGGGCAGCAUGAGGGAAGAGCCCCCGCUGUGAUGCUGCAGGACUCCGUCUCUCCUAGAUCUGCUGGUCCUGCUUACCCUCGCCUGCUGCAGCCUCCUCGUCUUCACAAGCGCGUGUCUCUCCCUGCACUCAAGCCAGGGGGCGCCGGUGGCUUUGCCUCUCUGAAGCCAGGGUCUUUCUUGGGGCCUCUGGCUAACCGAACCAAGCAGCUGCCCCCUCCGUCUAGAGGCCUUCCCUGCUUUAGCGCAGGACCCCAGGUGCCGGCUCCAAGUCUCCGUCGAGCUUCGCUGCUUCAGCCUCGCAGAGCCUCGGACGCUUGCAGGGAUCUGCAGAUCAGCGACUCCCCCCUGGAGGAGCCUGACCAGGGGACGCUCAAAGACCGAGGUAAGAUCCUGAUCUCCUUGAGCCGAUCAUGCCUACCCAAGCCAAAGAUUCCCUGAGGAGCUAAAUCCACCCAUCAAAAGAUGAAACAAGAAUCAAUCUGACAUCGGUAUUCAUGCCCUUCUUCCCCUCGCCCUGGUCACAGUGAGAGUGUCAAAGGAACAAACACUGACCGAGCCGAUGAACCCGUACGGACCGUUCAUGGACUGCAUGACCAUUUCUAAAUGAGCUGUCACAUCUCCAGCCUGAUCUAUAGAAAUGUAGUUUGAAGCAGGAUGUAUCUCCACGACAAUCCUCAGUCCUUAAUGGCAGUUUUCAGGAAGAAGAAAUGUCCAGUUCACUAGUUUUGCACAUGCUCAUGAAUGCUGCUUAUGCAAAAACAAAACAGAGUAUUAUCAUUCAGAGGGAGUCAGCCUUUUUUUAUUUUAUUUUGUUUGGUUUUGUAAAACCCGCUGGCUAUUACCACAUUUUAAAGUCUAAGUCCACACACAGCUGUGGCCUCUGACACACAGGAGCGUUCGGUUUCCAAGCACCGAGGUGACAUCGACGCGACCUUUGCCGUGUAAUGGAAAGCCCAGGGGGGAGAUGGAGGCGGGAAAAAAAACAAGAAGCGAGAAAGAAAGAAGAGAAAGGACAAAAGUACAAUAACAGUGGAAGUGAAAUAAGGUGCCAGAGACUGAAAAGAAAAUGUGUCAAAGCUCCCUCAAGCCGUCGCUGCAAAAAUGGAAAUGUGUUUGUGCAAAUAUGAGCUUGAGAGAUGAGAAAGAGAGGAGAGAAAAUCCACUCUGCAGCUGCAUGCAUGUUUCUGUUCAGCUGAACUUCACCUCCACAUAUGAGCAAAGGGGUUUAAGGACCUUCUGUGUAAAUGCAACUCAGAGGGAAAACAUGGUCCCAUUAAAAAACUAAAAAUCAA